UGGAAGUACGUAUUGUGAAGAAUCAUUCUGCUGAAAAUAAAAGAAAGGAAAAACAGAGGAGAGUGAAUUUGUCUUCCUUCAAUUUGCAAUAUCUCAUCUCGAUCACAACUUGCAUUCAAUUUGCAGGCACCUUUAGAACAAUGCCAUUCGAAUGCCCAUUAAGCUAGCAAACCCAUCUUCUUCCUCACAACACCCAAAAAAGAUAUUUUGGCUUAACCACUCACAACUUGCCCUGCCCAUCAGAUGGUUUAUAUAAUGACAUACACAAACAGAAGAAAACCAAUUCCAAUCAAAUUCUUGGUUUACAGUUUUUCUCAAUCUUUGGAAAACCUCUCUUGACAAUUCCUCAUUUGCACACACACAAAAAAGACUGACCCUUUUGGCCCAGCCAUGAGCUGCUGUGACUGUGCCUCCAAACACUGCAAUGCAGAGGCCCCAAAACCCAAGAUCUUGGCUGUCAUUUUUGAUUUGGAUGGGACCCUUAUAGACACAGAGCGGGCUACAAGGGGGGUUUUCCAGGAAUUCUUGGCCAGGUAUGGGAAAGUUUUGGAUAAGGAAAGGGAAGAGAAGAAGAGUUUGGGGAUGACAUUGAAAGACUCGGCAACUUCUGUUGUUAAGGGCUAUGAUCUCCCAUUGACCCCUGAUCAGUUUAUCCAAGAAAUCAUCCCCAUGUAUCAAGAAAAGUGGUUGUACACGAAAGCUCUUCCUGGUGCUAAUCGCCUUAUCAAACAUUUCCAUGACCGUGGCGUGCCUAUAGCGCUUGCUUCGAACUCCUUACGAGAAUACAUAGAUGCAAAGAUCUCUCACCAUCGAGGUUGGAAAGAAAGGUUUUCGGUGAUUCUUGGCAGUGACCAGGUUAAAGCGGGGAAGCCCUCUCCAGAUUUAUUUGAAGAGGCAGCAAAGCAAAUGGGCGUGGAUGCAGUUCACUGCCUUGUGAUUGAAGACUCAGUGGUUGGUGUUAAAGCUGCCAAUGCUGCCCGAAUGGAGGUAGUGGCUGUUCCACCUCGUGGUGAAGCUACUUGUUCUUCCCUUGCAAAUACUGUUCUUCACUCGCUUUUGGAGUUUCAGCCUGAGCAUUGGGGUCUUCCUCCAUUUGAAGACUGGGUAGAUAAUGCACUGCCGAUUGAACCAAUUUAUUUCAGUGGUCUCAAUGUCAAUGGGUUUGUCAGUGAAGUCACAGAGGAUGGAAGAUCAACUCUCCCUGACCAAGUUUGGGGAGUUUUCUUUGGUUGGGCUGUAGCUGAUAUGGAGAAGACCUACAGAGUAGUGGUUGGAAUUGGAUUAGAUUACAGUUCCUGUUCUCCUAAUAAAAACAUUCAAAUAUACACAGUUGAUGGAAACAAUUGCUGUAUAUCUAAUCAGCAAAUGAAACUGCUGCUUGUCGGCUACAUCCGGGGAUCGAAUAAGGAAAUUACAUCCUUGGAUGCAGAAACACUCAAGGAAUGUAAGUCUAUUGCGAGUGCUUCAUUGGAUCUGCCAAUAUUUAGUCACCAUGGUUGCGUGCCUUUGUAUCCAGAACCUUUUUCUGUGGAAGACAUGAUUGGCUGUGAUGAGAUACAACAAUACUGAUUUGUUCAAGCUUUUCUUAUUACUCAGAUGAGAGGGAAGAAAGAAAAGUGAUUAUGUACCCUAUUAGAACUUUGAUGAUAAAUUUACACUGAUUUAAUGGUGGAAGUAAAGUGUUCUUCGCU